AUGGAGGACGUGAUCUUCCUGUUCGACGACGUGGACGCGGCGAACCCCGUUGUGUGCGCGCGUGCUGGGAGCCGCGUGGUGCAGCGCCGUGCUGCUGCUCGACUGACUGCGCGUGCGGGGUUGCGCGAUGCGCCGCUGACGACGUGCGUGAUCGAGAUGGACGCGUCGUCGUCGCGGCCGGUGGUGCGCGCGGAGGACAGCGCGCUGCCGCUUGCGCUGCUGAUGGAAAUUAUGGGUGGCGGCGCAUCGAAGGAUGGUGGCGGCGGUAGCAAGAGCGAGGGCGGGUCGCGGCGGAGGACGGAGAAGCGGGCUGCGGUGACGGCGGGUGACGCCGGUGCGGGGGUGGUUGGCAGGAACUUGUUCGAGAUAAAUGGCAUGCUCUUUGGGGAGAACAAGGACAGGCUGGACCUUGCGGGGCUGCUGAACGUGCUGGACGGCGUGUUGGACGCGCCUGGGCGGAUGGUGGUGAUGAUCACGGAGCACCCGGAGUGGCUGGACCCUGCGCUGGUCCGGCCGGGGCGCUUCAGUGUGCGCCUGCGGUUGGACUACAUGGAGAUGGAGGCGCUUGUGCAGAUGCUGGGGCUGUACUACGGCGACGUGGAGCACUCGCCGCGCGGCAUCGGUGCUGGUGCCGGUGCCGUGGGGGCGGACGCGGGUAGCGGUGUGGGGGCGGCUCGCGCGGCGCAGUGCCCUGCGGUGGGUGCUGCCGGGCGUGCGGUGCACCGCGAGCUGAGCGAGGCGCAGGUGGCGCGCGUACGCGGCGCUGUUGCUGCGCUAGAGGAGGAGGCGGAGGCUGCUGCUGCGCGCGAGGUGGGCACGGAUGGCAGCGGCGAGCGCAAGUACUGCUUCCAGGUGACACCGUGCGAGGUGGAGAUGCUGUGCAUGGGGCAGGACGACCUAGAGGGCUUCCUGACGCAGCUGGCCCGUGUGGUGCGUGGGACGGGGCAGCUGUGA